CCAACACCUUUGUCUCACAGCACACACCAUUUCCAACCACCACAAGCACCGCCUUACACCGCCACCACCACCGGAACCCCCUCGGAAUCUGUUCAUUUGCAUGGCAGUGAGCUUUCUGCAGGAACGCGAGGUAUCCGACCUCUGCCUUGGGAAACCACCGUUGAGGUCCCUCUCUGCUUCCUCCACCAUCGCACACGCCUUGGCUGCUCUCAACAACUCGGAAGACAACUUCAUCAGUGUCUGGACCUGUGAUCAUCGCAGCAAGAAGGAAGAAGAAGGAGAAGAAGAAGGAGGAGAGUGCUGUAGAUGCGUUGGCAAAGUGUGCAUGGUUGAUGUUGUUUGCUUCCUUUCCAGGGAAGACAACCUCUUGUCUCCCUCUCAAGCUCUCAAAGCUCCUCUUUCUGUUAUUCUCACUCAAGCUCCGCCUCGGAUCGUCGUGCAUCUAGAACCUUCUUCCACUUUACUGGAAGCAAUUGAUCUGAUUCUCCAAGGAGCACAGAAUCUUGUGGUGCCGAUUAUAGCAGCAACAAGAAAGAGUGGAAUCUCAAGAAGAAAACAGAUUCAGAUUCAGAAAUCAUUGUCAACAAGCCACAAUGGGCGUGAAUUCUGCUGGAUAACGCAAGAAGAUGUGAUUAGAUUCCUACUUGGCUCCAUUGGCCUCUUCACCCCUCUCCCUGCACUCUCUAUUGACUCCCUCGGCAUCAUUUCCACCGAUGUUCUUGCCAUUGACUACUACUCCCCUGCAUCCUUGGCGUUACCGGCGAUUUCCAAGUCUCUGGCGGAUCAAACUUCUGUUGCCAUUGUUGAUAGUGAUGGCACCUUCAUUGGCGAGAUUUCGCCCUCUACUCUUGGUUGUUGUGACGAGACGGUUGCGGCCGCCAUCGCCACUCUCUCUGCCGGGGACCUGAUGGCCUACAUUGAUGGCGGUGGGCCCCCGGAGGAUCUUCUCAGAGUGGUGAAGGCGAGGUUGAGAGAGAAGAAUUUGGAGAAAAUGCUUCAAGAGUUCAUGAUUUUGUCGCCUUUAGCUAGCGACGCUUCGUCGGCCUCGUCUGCAUCAUCGUCUGACGAGGAGUCCUCGUCGGCCAGAAUACGGAUGAGGCCCGGCGGAAGGUACUCUAGAUCUUCGAGCUACUCGGCGAGGAUGGUGAGGAAGGCUGAGGCCAUAGUGUGCCAUCCAAAGAGCUCACUUAUUGCUGUGAUGAUUCAAGCAAUUGCUCAUAGAGUGAACUAUUUGUGGGUUAUUGAAGAUGAUUGCAGCUUAGUUGGCAUUGUAACAUUCUCAAAUAUGUUGAAAGUUUUCAGAGAACAUUUAGAGACUAUGUAAGAGGAUUUAGGAGAAUUGAGGGAAUGUUUGGUGUCAAAGAUUUUGGCUUUGGAAUUAAUGUUGUUGAUAUUAUUAGAGAAAAAGCAUAAAUCAUGUCUAUGAACAUGGAACUUCUUCGGUUGUGACUUGUGAAUGUUGAGAUGUUUGGCUAAGUGAGCUUUCGGUUCUGCUUUAUCUACUUCCUUUCUAAUAAAUUCCCUUUCAAACUC